GCUUACAAAAUUUUUUACUUUUCAAAAAGAAGUUGAAGUACUACUCCCCCACAAAGCAAUACGAUGUUGCAGGCAUCGUCGCUCGAGUCCGCUGUUGUGCAACACAACAACGGUAAGAACGGCGUUGCUGACCCAUUAGCUCCUAAGCAACUAACUUUUGAAGAGCGCAUGCAGGAGCGCGAGCGUAGUCAGUCGCCUGGUAGUCCUCGGCGCAAGCCGAAGGAACUAAGUAGACGAGAGAAAAAGAGACUUUACCGCCUCAACACCGCGGCGCAAGAGUCGGUUUCUGAGACAGUCAAAGAAUUGCGUGACUCUGUCGAGGAGCUCGUCGGACAUGAGGCUGACUGGCGGCGACAAAAAGAGGAAAUGAAAAAGUACGGUAAAUGCAGUGUGUUUGCCACUACAGAAGAUCGGGAACGCUAUUUGAGUAACAUUAGAAAGGAAGUUUCGAACACCCCCAUUCCCGAUAAGAAACAACUCCGACUCGAGGCGGAGGAGGACGCCGCUCUGACCGCGCCCCCGAAAAAGAAAAAGUCCCCGAGACGUAGACAGCGUCCCCACAGCCCGGGCGUUAAGAAUAACACGUUUCGGAGGUCCAGGACUCUAGACACUAAGUUACCAAAAAUAUCCGAGCAACUACCCGUUGUUAGCCACGCAGAAGACACCAGUACAGCCCUCGCUACAACUACAACUUCUAAAGAAAAAAGUACAUCUAAAUCCACUACAACUAGUCGGCGCGUAUCCCUGCCCCCUAUCCCCGUUAAGAACAAGAGAGUCUCCGACCCGAAAGAUGAGCCCCAUCGUGUAAUCUCGUUGAAGGAACUCAAAACCCCACACAUUUGCAAUACCAAACUCCUACGCAAACAGUUAGAACGUGAGGAAAGACAAGAGGCCGCUCGUUUGGCGGAGUGGCAUGCUCAACUGAACAAAUACGAAGAUCCUGAAAAAAUGACCUCUUCGCAGGGAGCUAUCGUGCCCGCGGAGCCGAUCCCGGACUGGCUCUCUACAAAAAGUUUGGCGAAGCGAAGGUACUAAACUAUGAUGGAUAUUUUAUUAUGUGCCUUUUUUCCACCUCGCAUCCUGAAAACGCGAGAAACGAUAGAUGACUACACAGCGUGCUAGUACACUCACUUUUGCAAUAAAUGCACAGCUCUGUGGAAGAUGAUACAGAAAUGCAAAAAACACUUUUUUCAAACAAAUUCAGGUACCUUCCAGCGUCAACAGGCAAUCUCCAUGGUCUGCAGGCAGGAGAGUUCCACAACACAAAAUGGCCAUUACCGAAGAUGUUUGGCCAGGAGAAAUACGCCUUUUCGCUGAUCGACAUUGAAGACCCAAGGUACGACGCUUAUGUGCAUUUCGAACAAACGGAAACUUCGUGCCUUUACAUGAUUCUUCUGUGGCAUGAUGGUAGCUUUUAUUGGCCUUGCAAAGAUAACAAAACGCAACCUGAACCUUUUCCAAACCACCCGGCAGGUACGUCGACGAGUGCGCGAGCAUGAGCAAGCAGCUGAUACACUACUUCUACGACCAACAAAUUUUCGACCUCAAGUGGAGGGAAACGUACUUACACACAGUUUUUAUUUGCGAUACUGAUAGUGCACCACUAGGACUAGCAUAGUAGUACGGACAUACUGAGUUUCCUGCGCAUAAUGUUCCUGAUGGAAUCUAAUCUACUUCGGCUUUCCCUGGUCGUGUGACAUCAACAUGCAAACCGGCGAAACAGAUCACAUCACGAUUCUUGCAUGUUCCUAUAAAAAACAGGUACAAACAACUGAUCCGGGCCGAGAAGAGGAGAGCGAACUUGCCAGCGCUGGCAUCAAACAAAGCAAAGGAUGAACUGGAUGGCAACGUCAAGAAAUUCAAAAAGUAUAGAGUUUGCUAAGAUGUUGGUUUAGCAUUAGCUUUCCCUUUAGGUAGCAAAAUAUCUUCCAUUUUUUUGGCGUGCAAAAUCAAAUGCACCGACGUCAGCGUGUUGUAUCCGCAACAAGAAGUAACUACAAGUGCGUUGUUUCUAUUCGGUUGUACUCGAUGAAAACUAGGUACCUACUCGAGCUCCAGGAGCAGCGGGAUUUGUAUCAGACGAAGAUCGACGGCAUUUUCGAGCGGUGCGCCCAGAUCAAGCGGGGCAUCAAGAAGGAGAAUGACCUCGAGGAACUGCGAAUGGAGAUGACCGGUCGGGUGAAGGCCAAGUUCGCCCAGGAGGACGGAUUCUGGUCCACGCAAUUCAACUGCACCCGCCCCGAUGAUGCCAGGGGUAUGUUUGUUUUGUUGGAUGAAAAUAUUCUUCUUUGUGUACAAGAACUUGUAGCGCUACGGUGAAGUGCUUCUUAUGUAUGAUCGCUAAUAUGUCCCGAAUGCCUUGUGAAUAACGAUGGAAUGUUUGCGCUUCUUGAUUUGAUUCCCGUCUUUUUUGACUCUGCAUGGUUCCAUCCGUAAGCGCAUUUCUUCAAUUUUUGCAGGUAGCGACGACGAUCUGUUGCUUUCCGACUGAUGGGGAUGAAGAGGACGACGGAAGAAUGUAAGUGAAGCCGAUGUAAAAAAUCUUUACUCUUCCCCCAAGUAUCCUACCCAUCAGUUACGACAGAUCCCCCCAACACCGGCUCGCAGUAUCGCACUCUUGACCAUUCCAAUGUAAAAUGCUCAAAUCAACAGUUACAAAGUCUCAGCUCAGAACAGCUUCGUUUCAAAUCAGUUACAGUUCAAAGUCAGACUCAGGACAAAACCUUUAAAUUCAGAACAGUUGCAAGAUUAUAGGACGAUUACAGUAAGUUCAGACAGCACACGUCGCAGUUACUUAUCUAAAAUUUCGUACGCGUCUCUUAAAUGAAUAGCUAUACAUAGCAAAAAGCUCGUUUUUGAUUAUGGUUUCGAAGUCAAGGAGAUUGUCUCCAUUCUUUGCGCAAUGUAAGUUUAAGUUUAACGGAUAAUGCACCUAGAUAUCGUUACGGUUAUCUCAGCUAGUAUUUUGAAACUGCCCAUUCGUAGUCAGGUUUGAGUGUCAAUCUUUGACAUGCUCUUCUUGGUGAAUUUAGUGGCCGCACGCGGUCUAAAACGAGCGCCAGAAACACGUAUGCUGUGAUCGCGUAGACCCGGGGGUGCGGCCACACUGUAGAAUUUUACCAUUCACCCGUACUUGCGGAGGACCUGAUGCGCAGCGGAACAGUAACUUUCUAAAAUGCACCAACGUACCUAAGAGCUUUCGUUACACUACUAGCGCAAUUUGAAUCAGAUCAGGGUCAGCCUCGGUUGCUGAUGUUGAAGAUAAAGAGGGACGGGUAAAACAGCUCACUAUCACGUACCUGUACACAAAUUUCAGCAGAUUGCAAAAGAAAAUGAGCUAACACUGUAU